GUUGGGGGCCGAGAAAUGAGAAAGUUCACCAAUCCAAAUAAUGGCUAGGGAGGUGACGACAGCUUAAUGACUAACAUUUACGCUCACAAGUUAGGUAUGGCCGGGACGGCGGUCAUACAGACACCAUGCGCGAUAUUCCCGAGCUAUAACAACAGCCACAAUGGAGAUAGCUACACACCCGCAUGUGAUCUCGUGUCGACUUACCCUUUUACGAUUCUAGCUACAGCAGCCUACCUGACGCCCCUGUUACCUGCCUGGAUUAGUUUAAUGGGUCUCGGCGAUGAAUCCUAAUUCUUCUCUAGCAUUGUCUAGGUGUGUUAGUACCUAGGUAGGUACCUAGCUGAGGAGGCAGUUAGCCCUUGACGAGGGCGUAGGUAUCUAGCCACCACGUAGGCGGUCUAUUUAUAGGACGACAUAUGCGGCUGAAUGACCUCAUAUGCCUGGGUUACCGAACAAGACGAUCUCGAAAUAUUCUUCUUAAUUGGAGUCUAGUAAAUCGCGAAGGCAAGACAAGAAAUAUCUACGGCAGAUUUCUAAAUCAAAUCUUGGUAGACUCGCGGGAAAAAACGAGUUAGUCCUGCCCGUAGUAUCUAGACCAUUAAUUCGUACCUAGUAGAAACACCCACAUCCCAAGACACACACCUAGUAAGAAAGGGGGUUGGAAAUGGAAGAAGACGCCUUCGAAAUCCUCCUCGUCGACGCCAACGACGACGCGGCGCACUACCGGCUGCAAAACGAGCCGGGCGAGAUCCAGCGCGAAUACGUAACAGGGUACGACCGAAAAUCCACCCUCCGCGUGCUCGGGCGCCUAGCAGACGUCGUCCACGGGCGCUCCUCCCCGCCUUCCUCCGACCUAGACAGCACCCCCUGCACCCUCGCCAUCUUCGAGUUCGCAGCCCUAGGCCAGAAGCCGUCGCGGCGGUACCGCGAAGUGCAAAUCGAAAUCGUAUUCCGCGCCUACGGCACCCACAAACGCCCCAACUCCAUCUCCCGCCAUCGCGACCAGCGCGCCGCCCUAUCGCGCUACGACCCCGCCAUCCGGGCCCUCGCCCCGCACGGCCACAAGUCCCUCCUGCAGAGUAACUUCACGCGCUCCAGCACCCACAACAUCGAAGCCUCCAUCUCAGCAGGGACGGACCCGAUCGCCAGCGCAGGCGCCAAGUACGCGUACGCGCUGAGCGAAAACGUGGAGCGCGGGGACAGCAUGACGGUCGAGGGCACGCCGUCGUUCGUCGGGAGGUCGGCGGGCAAGCCCAACGCGGCGCGGUUCACGCUGCGCGAGAACGGGACGCAGCGGAGCGGGGUGCCGCGGCACCUGCGCGUGGCCGUGCUGCUGGAGCGGCGGGCGGGAGACGACGAGGGGUUGUUCUUGGCUGAGGUGAAUGUGCGGGCCCACGUAUCUGUGCUCGCGGACGCGGGGGAGCGGGUGAGAAGGGUUAUGGGCAGUGUGCCGUUGGAUGAUGCGGUGUGCUUUGACCCCGCGGCGCGGCCGACGACGGAUAAGUAUCCGGUGGAUCGGCUGGCGGAGGUGGUGUUGAGCGAGGAGUGUUCUAUUCGGAGUGGGAGGGAGGAAGAUUUUAGUGAGAAAAAGGACGGAGGUGAUUCUAAUGAGUAACGUGAUUUAUGACUGACCAGCCCUUCCGGGAUAGGAGUUGACGGGUGUUCGAAUUCCAAACAGCGAUGCCAGAUAUAGAAACUGAUUUAGAAACUACUAUUUUCUUGCAUUGG